CCAAGACAUCACCAAGCCAACGAGCAAGAAGCGGCCUUCACAAGUUGCUGUUGUAACUCUCAGAAGACGCUGUUGUACUCCUCUCUAGUGCACGUGGCCAAUGAGUUAUUGUUUUAGGCAAGAACACUCCCUCCCUGGGCAUCUGGUUGAUAUGAGGUUGAGCAACGCAGAGGCCCUUAGUGUCCUACACAAUGAUGCAACAUAGUUGCAAAUGACAUCCAGCAACUGAUUGGCCGUCAAUAAGUAAGUCCGCCUCAGCCACAGGGAGGGAGCUCCACUUCUAAGCAGGUAAAGCUACAGCCAAUUAAAGAAGAAGAGGUGGAGCCACAGCCCCCCUAUGUUAAAGAGCAAGAGGAUGAACUCUCGAUCACUUAGGAGGGAGAGCAUCUUCGAGGGCCAGAGGAGGCUGAUCUCACCAGGUUGCCACUGACUGGUGUCUCUGUGGUGACCGAAGACCCUGAAGACAAACCACCUGAAUCCUCACAGCUUCAUCUAGUCCAAGUGAGGAGAUGAGAGAGGCGGAGUCAGAGGACCCCAACGUUAAAAAGGAAGAGGAGGAGCCACAGCCCACCCACUUUAAAGAGGAAGAGGUGGAGCCACAGCCCCCCUAUGUUAAAGAGGAAGAGGAGGAGCCACACCUCACCGACGUUAAAGAAGAAGAGGCGGAGCCACAGCCCCCCUAUGUUAAAGAGGAAGAGGAAGAACUCUCCAUCACUCAGGAGGGAGAGCAUCUUCUUGGGUCAGAGGAGGCUGAUCUCACCAGGUUGCCACUGACUGGUGUCUCUGUGAAGACCGAAGACCCUGAAGACAAACCACCUGAGUCCUCACAGCUUCAUCAUAGUCCGAGUGAGGAGAUGAGAGAGGCGGAGCCUUCAUGCAGCAGCUCACUGCAACACAUGACAACAGAAGCUGAUGGAGACCACUGUGGAGGAUCACAAGCAGACAACCUCUUAGCUCCACUGUCAGAUAGUGACGACACAACGUCACACUCUCCUGAAGGUGAAGACAGCGACUUCAACCAAGAAUCUGUGAGCAGCGAUACAGACUGUGAAGGUGAUAUGAUGACUCACACUGGCAACAAACACUCUGAAAGCUCUAAAAAGAAGACAGGUAAACAUUUUAACUGCUCAGUUUGUGAUAAAAGAUUUUCUCGUAAGAGUAAUUUGGUUCGACACAUGAGAACACACACAGGAGAAAAACCGUUUAGUUGCUCAGACUGUGGAAAACGCUUCACUCAAAAGUCAGUCAUGGAAUUACACAUGAGAACGCACACAGGAGAAAAACCUUUUAGUUGCUCAGACUGUGGAAAACGCUUCACUCAAAAGUCAGUCAUAGGAUUACACAUGAGAACACACACGGGAGAAAAACCAUUUAGUUGUUCACACUGUGGUAAAGGCUUCACUUUAAAGGCGAACAUGCAAAGUCACAUGAGAACACACACGGGAGAAAAACCUUUUAGCUGCUCAGACUGUGGUAAAGGCUUCACUCAAAAGACACACAUGCGGUUGCAUAUGAGAACACACACCGGAGAAAAACCUUUUAGUUGCUCACAUUGUGGUAAAAGCUUCACUUUAAAGGCAAACAUGCAAAGUCACACGAGAACGCACACAGGAGAAAAACCUUUUAGUUGCUUAGACUGUGGUAGAGUGUUCACUUUAAAGGCAAACAUGCAAUUACACAUGAGAACACACAGGAGAAAACCCUUUUAGUUGCUCAGUCUGGUAAAAGCUUCUCUCUCAAAGUAAAUGUGCUGUCACAUGAGAACGCACACGACAAAAAACGUUUAGUUGCUCAAAUUGUGGUGACACAUUUUCUUGGAAGUCGGGUUUGAUAAGACACAUGCAGAGUCACUGAUGGUCUCCUGCUUGACUCGCCUGACUUCCAUGCAGUCACUGUGUUGCUACUGUGUUGUAAUAUUCUUUGCAUGUGUCUUUGUUCAAUAAAUACAUCUUGUUUUUAUUCAUAUGCAAAAGAAAGACACGGUGACUGCAGUGGUUUCAUUUGUAGUUAAAGGUGUUUUAUUUGACUGUAUGAUGUCAUCACUAAAUGCUGUAACUGAUGAAGUCACUUCCUGUUCCAUUACUUCCUGAUUGGGUCUGGAAAGUAGUGAUUUGAUUCCUUUUACAUUUGAUUCCUUUUACUGACUUGAGUUCUUAUGAUUCACUCAUUGAGGUACGGACCGCUUUCAGGAGGCUUUUGAAGGCUUUGAGUGAGAGCAAAAUAGUAGUUUUUGCUUUUUUUUUAAUUUUGCAGUGUUGAUUUGAUUUUGCUCAAACAAUUGUACGUUAUAAAAGGGAAUCAUGAUAUUAUUUUGUUGAUAUUGUUGUAUUUCAUAUUGAUGGAAUGUUCACAAAUAAGUGUAUUGAUCCAAAUUGACAAAAUCAUCCAGUUUUAUUGAAAAAUUCAAUUUAAAAGGUACAGUAUCUGUGUCAAUAUCAGCGAUACUGGCUGUGUACUUACUUAGUAUCGCAUGGAUUGUCCGUUGCUGUAUUUUGUUGUGGACAUUGAAUGCAACACCUAAGUAUUGUUUCCCAAUGUAUCUGUUCCAGCCUACAUUGUAUCAUGUUUUCUUUGUUUUAGUGUUCACUACUUGGUUUGGUCAGUAGAGGGCACUCUGUGUACACUGCUUGAUUGUUUGGGGGUGUUACAGGAAGAAAGCAACAGCCAAGACCCAUUGUGGCGGUUAAAGUUGUUUUGCUGGACUCUAUAGAUUUUAACAGGCUUGAACACUGGAAUUGUAAUCUUGAGAUAUGAAUGCCUUGUCAAUAAAGCGGUAAGCGUGAUUUUAAGUCAAGUAUACAUCUGGAGGUCUGUGAUUGACUUUACAGCGUCCCAAUAAGCAGUGACGUGCGGUGAGGUUCUUGACUGGUGAGGCAAUGACCUCUUUGGAGACCACGCCCAACAAACG